AUGUCAAUACCGACUGACGACUGCGUCUGCAACGAAAGCAUGUGUGAUGUGCUCACCCUUUACCGAUUUUCUCUUUUUUCUCUUGCCCCUCUCCUAAUCUCACUCUCCUCCAUCCCACCCCCCACUCCCUCUAUCCUUGUCUCUCCGCUUCCUCCCGACUCUCGUUUGCAACUCCGACGGGGGGGGGGAGAGAGAGGGAGAGAGAGAGAGAGAGAGAACGCAUGCACCGUGAUAAAAAUAACCACAAGGAACGAGCACUGCUUCGAACCGAGAUGCACUUUCUCUCAUAUGGAGUCGAUCUUUGGAAAAAGACGCUCCGUAUCUAUUCCAUCUAUCUAUCUAUCUAUCUAUCUAUCUAUCUAUCUAUCUAUCUAUCUAUCGUGGUCUGUUCUGAUCCAUCUGUCUAUCUACACACACACACACACAUACAUAUACAUAUAUAUUGGUUUCUUCGGAUUUAUCUAUCUAUCUAUCUAUCUAUCUAUCUUUUUCUCUUUCUUUCUUUCUUUCUUUUUUUCUUUUUUUCUUUUUUCUUUCUUUCUUUCUUUCUUUUUUUCUUUCUUUCUUUUUUCUUUCUUUCUUUCUUCUCUUUUUCAUUCCUUGUCAACUUUCUUUCUUUCUCUUUGCAUUUUAAUUAUUUGUUUACUUUCUUUGUCUUUUUUCUUUUUCUUUGUUUACUUUCUUUCUUAG